AUGGAACACACAGGCCAACUUUCCCCCUUGGGGAACCACACUACAUUGGUGGAAUUCAUCCUCAUUGGGUUUUCUGAUGUUCCCAAGCUUCAAGGAUUUCUGUUUGCUAUAUUUCUGAUAAUCUAUAUUGUUAUUCUUAUGGGAAAUAGCCUCAUUAUCAUGAUAACUAAGGUUGACCCCUCACUCCAGACACCCAUGUAUUAUUUUCUUGGAAACUUUUCCUUUUUGGAAAUAUGUUAUGUGUCUGUCACUGUGCCCAGAUUAUUAGCAGAUCUUUGUAGACAAAACAGAAGCAUUUCCUUUGUGACCUGUGCUUUUCAAAUGGACAUCUUUCUGACCUUGGGAGCCACUGAGUGCUUAAUUCUCACUGCCAUGGCUUAUGACAGGUAUGUUGCCAUCUGUAACCCAUUAAUGUACCCUGUCAUCAUGAAUAAGAGACUGUGUAUCCAGUUGGCAGCUGUCUCUUGGAUCAUUGGCAUUCAAGUACCCAUUGUGCUCAUCUAUGAGAUUUUCACUUUACCCUUCUGCAAAUCCAAUGAGUUGAAUCACUUUUUAUGUGAUGUACCCCCAGUUGUUCAGCUUGCUUGUGGGGACACUUUCAUGAUUGAGACAUUGAUCUCUGUUCUUACUGUUUCAAACAUCACUCUGCCUUUUGGGUUGAUACUUGGUUCAUACGGGAAAAUAAUCUCCACCAUCCUGAAGCUGCCAUCAGCCACAGGGAGAGCCAAGGCCUUCUCGACUUGUUCUUCCCAUCUCAUUGUUGUGGUUUUAUUCUUUGGAUCCUGCAUCAGUGUGUACAUGGAACCUAAGUCCACUCUCUCAUCAGGAAUGAACAAAUACCUUUCCCUUUUUUAUACCAUCUUGAUACCAUUGUUUAACCCUAUUAUAUAUUGUCUGAGAAACAAGGAUGUUACAGUGGCAAUGGAAAAGUUCCUACAGAAAAUAACUACUGUGAAUUGA